UUUAUUUUAAAAUAGUUAAGAAAUGGAGUCCUUGAAGCCAAGAGAGAAGGAAAAAGGAGUAGACGUGUUUGUACUAGAUGAAGAGAGAGGGAGUAAGAAUAAGGACAAAGAGAUAGAUUUAAUGGAGGGAAUCAGUGAGGUCAAUUUUGGGAGGAGCCCCUCAAAUGAUUCGUUCGAUUCUAUUUUUAAUAAAGAGCUAGACCUUGAUAUUGAGGAAGUACCGAUGGUACUUUAUGAGCUUCAUGAGAAUUCAGUGUAUUAUAUUGAGAAGGAGGAAUGGGAAAAAGCUCUUGUUUUACUUCAGAAAGCACAGAUAAUUAUUGAGCAAGCUAACGUAGAACGAUUUAAAAAGGACAGACUUGUAAUAAUAAUUAUCUUCCACAACACUGCACUUUGAUACCAGAUGCUUGGAUCUUUGGAAGACGCUUCUUUAUUCUUAGAAACAUGAAUUUUAAAUCUGGAAAUAUUAUCAAUGAUGCCUACAUUUCAGAAGACUGAAGUGAAAUCUCAGAUUUUAUCGCUUGAGUGCGUAUUAAGAAUGCAAUUAUGAGCUCUUUUGUCCCAAUUACAUCGGCAUCAGGAAGCUUUAUAUCACUGCCAAAUCGCUGUAAGAAUAGGCCAUUUCAUAUUCAAAGAUCUUAAAAGAUUUUGAGAGUCUUUGGUCUACAGAGAAAGUUAUACAAAUACUGAAAAUUAUAAGAAUGAAGAUAAUAACUCUAAACAUCAGAAUUCACCAAAAGGAGAUUCAAAACUGCCAACCACAAGGAUUGAAGUAAAAACUGAUAGAUCAGUAGAUCUGAAUAAGCUUAGAUCAAGUGCAAGAAAGGGGAACAGCAAGCUUCAGAAGGAAGCAACGAACAGGAACAGAAAGGAUUCAGUCAAUUCAGCAUCAACAGAGGAUUCUGAUGGAGAACCAAUGUCUAUCUUUCAUCGAGGAUACAAGAAACUUUACCCAAUAAUACAAGAAUUUGAGAAAUAUCUUGUUAAAGAGAUUACUCUUGAGAAUAAGCUUAAGGACCUCCCAAGUAAGAAGAAGGGUGCACUUAAUAACAAAGAGAGAUUACAGCAAAAGACAUCUGAGCAGGAAGAAUUAGUUAAAGAUAGAAUUGAAGAAAUUACAAAGGAUGAGAAAGUUAAUCUGGAGAAUUUACUAGGAUUUAUUAAUCAGAAAAAGCUCAAUUCUUACCUAAAUAUCUCAAAUAUUAUGAGACUUAGUAAACUUGACUUUAAUGAUCUCUAUUUUGUGCGUGAUCUUGAUAUGACUCUGGCUAGGAAACCUCUUCUAGAAAAGAUCAUGCUUGUCAUCACUUCUUAUUUUUGAAUGGGAACUGAACUCAGAUUUUUAAGACAGCUUCAAGUUGAUGGUUUCAAAGAUUCAGUAGAGGCUCAAUUUUGGCAUGGGAAAGCAUUAGAGAUGGCCUUUGCUUUCCUUCCAGGGGAUUCUCCAUAUGUUAAACAUCUGAUUCAUUCUUAUGCUAAGCACCAUUCACCUUCAUCUCAAUCUAUCCCAGAAGGGUACGAAUUAUCGUCAAAUGUGAAAGUUUUAAAGCCUUUGAAAGGAAUUCAUAAUAAUAAAUCAAACCCUAUUAUUCAGGAUUGUGAUUAUAUCUAUGAUUCUAAUUUUGAUCUGAGAAAUCACAGUAAAGCUUCUAAAGAGUUUACAAAGAGCAUGCUGAAACAUCGUAAGAACGCCAUGGUCAAAGUGUCUCCACUUGAUAUGCCAUCUAAUGAUUACUUCAAGUAUAUUGAUGAGAAGAUGAUUGAGCUCGGGAUUAAGGAUCAGGACAAACCUCAAGAUCGUAGCUCUAAAAGUGGUGUUUUCUUAGAAAGUGGAGAGUGUGUAUUUACAAAGAAAGUUCAAACCAGAGAUCAAGAAACUCAGGCUGAGCCUGAAUUGAAGCCUACUAAAGUUUAUAUUGAUAGAGCAUGUAGUGCUAAAUGAUUGAUGACUAAGGUCCUUAAACCAAAACCAAAGCAAACUAUCGAUAUUGGGGUGAACACAAAGGAUAGGUUUAGCUUGACAAAGAAAACUGAAAGCAGGUAUUCAUCAGGAAACAGCAGUUUGAAUACUCCAUCAAGCGGAGCUUUGUAUUCUAAUAAUAUUUCAAAGAAUACCCCAAGCAGACACUCAAAUGAUUUAGAAAGGCAAUAUUUGCUUAAAAAGAAAUAUAAUGAUAGUCUGAAUAAUUAUCCUCACACUAGGUUAACUCCAGGAUCAUACGAUUCUCAAGACAGGCCUAACUCUACGACUGGAUCUAUAAAACUCAGAAAAAGUGUUGAUUCAAGCCAAUCUUCUAUAAAGAAUAACAGGCUAGAUAUGUAUAGUCACAAGAAGUAUAACACCAGCAAAAAUAGUCUUAGAAGAUCAGAGAAUAAUGCUAUUUUUACACAGAAUAGUAGCCGAAAGAGAAAAAGUAGCUCUAAGAGAAAGCAUCAUCAGAAUUCUAAUAAAAUAUUUGUAAAUAGACAUCUGAUGAAUCAUGACCCUGGUGCAGCUGAAAGAGGUCAAGGCUUUCUUGCUCAAAACAAUGCAACUGACUCAGAUAUAUCUUUCGACGUAGAGGUUAAAGAUAUUAAUAAAGGGCAGAGAUCAAAUACAAGUAUCAACUCAGGAGAAAAACCUCGCCCAAAUAGAUAUUCCAGAAUCUCUAUGAUUGCUACUAAUCAGGCUAAGAAUAGAAUCAACCCUAUUCGGAUAAAGAAUAACCGAAAUCUGAAUAAUCGAAGUAAUAGUAGUUCCAAGAUUAAAAAGAAGAAGAGCAAAUCAUCGAGUAUUUCAAUUUCAAAGAUAAACAACUCGUUUACGAACAACAAUGCAACUUUGACUAAGACUCCUUCUACCACAAAAUCUAGGAAAGGUAACAUAGAAAUGAAGCUAAAAACAAGCCUUAAUGAUCAGAUGACUACUCUUCAGCACCAAAUUAAUAUGAUGAACCUUGGCCACAAGAUCAAGACUCCUCAGUUUAAAAUUCCUACAGAGAAGUUUCAGCUUAAGAGACAAUAUUUUAACGCAGAGGGAGGACACAUUAGAGGAGAUAAAAGUUCAGGAAAAAGAUCAAGAAAAAGCAACGAAAGGAAAGAUAACAAGGAGAAAAUAAAUCAUUCAAGGAUUUAUGACCAAGUUAGUAGGCUAAGUUAGUUCAAUUUUUCUUCAAACUAAAUUCCAC